AUGUUAGAAGCUUAUCCUAAGCUCGCCGACUCGCGCAGCAUUCGGGUCAUCAAACUUCAUGGCGCCACCAAGCUCAGCGUCGAUAUUCGGUUCGAUCUUAUUGCCGUGUCUCUCGAUGCCCCUUUGCCCUAUGAGGCUAUUUCAUAUACAUGGUCUGGGCAAGCACUCGACCAGCCUGUCUAUGCCAAUGGCAAAGAGCAUCUUGUCACUAGAAAUGCGGAGCAUGUCAUGAGGAGACUACGCCCAAACAGGCCUGAACAUUCCCGCAAUCUGUGGAUUGAUGCCAUCUGUAUUAACCAAAAAGAUAACAGAGAAAAGGCGGUAGAGGUGCAACUGAUGUUUGAAAUCUAUGCCAAUGCAAAUUGUGUCAAUAUUUGGCUUGGCCAAGGAACUGAAUCAACUGCUCUCGCACUCAAGUGGCUGAGAUGGUACAGUUGGUCGUUUCCCGCAAUUUGGAAAACCCAGGCGAAAUUUGCAAGAGCUAUUACGUCUGUGGAUUCAAUCUUCAUAAGGCUCCUUUUGGGGAUAGCAGCAGUAAGCAUGUCAUGUGUCUGCGCAUGCAUCAUGAUGCUUGUUGGAGCCAUAGUCAUAUUUCCUUUUGGGCUGUUACCCAUGUUCAAAAGUGGGCAGUUUUGUUAUCCUCUAUUUUCAGCUUUCCUAACUAAUAAACACACUUUUAGGCCAUAAAAAGUUAUUUCAAGCUGGUUUGGCAGACUUGGCGUCCAUGGAGUAUUGGGAGAGAGCAUGGACGGUUCAAGAAGCAAACGCGAACGAAUUGUGCUUUAUUCUAUGCCGAUCAUCUGCACCGUUUCGCCUUGAUCUAUUUUACAUGAGCCAUAAUAUGAUCCCACCUAUGUAUAUCUUCAGCUCUCUUAACAACAGCAAACCAAACCAGCGCUAUGGCUUACACAUACUUGACAU